AUGGCGCGUCACAGCAAAAACGCCACCUCCGCUCCCUUCUACUCAUAUCAUGAGCGGAAGAAAAUCCGCGCGUUGGGUGUCGGUACACUCAAAGGCCGAUUGGAUACCCGUGCAUGCCGACGCUUCGAAAGCUGUUGGCUUUGCCUCAGCCCGGCCAGAAACCCCCUAGCCACCCCCCAGGAGGCAGCAGCAGCAGCAGAAGCAGCAGCCACAGCAACCCAACGCGCCUUCUUAGAAGCCGAGGCCUCUCUUACCCCCGAGGCCUCCACUGCUGUUGUCCCCAACACCCAAACCUCCCCUACUGCAGAAGAAUUUAGGCGAACCCUGGAGCGAACCGCCAUCACUUCCAAGGAGGAGGCGAGGGCGAAGAACUUCUGGGUGCCGGAGAACACACCAGACGAACCUGAGGCGAAACCGAAGGCUCCCCAGAAAGGUCUAUGCUGCCCCAUUACCGGGACCCCACUGCGUAUAAAACAGCUUGUAACGGUGAAGCCGAAUGUGGCUUCUAAAGAAGACACAGAGAAUACUCGGUGGCUGUGCGCUCUAAGCGGCCGAGAGAUUUCGCAUCAAAAGGCAGCGGUGGUGAAAGCCACUGGCCAAGUCAUUCUGCUCGAGUAUCUGGAGAAACUGAUCUUUGGAAAGAAGGGAGCUCUUACAUCUGGCGUAAUUGAGAAAAAAGAUACCGUGGCUCUCAUCCCUGGAGGCACAGGUGCGCCGCAGGAUACAGCCGGAGCAGCUCGGCAAGCAGCAGCAGUAGUUUAUGCAACAGGAGCAGCAGCAGGAGCAGAAAACGGCAGUGCUUGUGACAGUACCGGUAACAUUAGCAGCAACAGCAGGACUAUUAUCAUGUACCAUCAUCAGCAGCAGCCGUAG